UAUAUAUACAAAUAUACUCUCUUCUCGCUGUCGUCGUACUUGUAGCCCCCCUAACAUUGACCCUCGACAAGUAGCCGCGCAUCACGAAAAACCGGCCGGUCGAUCGAGUGAUGGCCGAUCGCAAUCGAAACUUUUUACGCGACAGCCUGAGCGAUCGUCCAUCCGCCAGAUCGAACAACCACCAACACCACAAGAAGCAACAAGCGGCGGUAGGGACAACGCAGAACAACAACACCACCACCACCACCACCACCACCGAGGCGAACGGUACACCGGUGGGUCCACGAAAAGAGGGCAUCUACGCGAAAAAGGAAAACAGCAAUUACCAGAGAUUCGUCGAGUACCCGACCAAGGUGAAAAAGUCCCCGGAUGAGAACGGAGCGCAGGACCAGCGUGUGGUUGGCGCGAGGAGGGGCCCGGCUCCACUCGUCGGUUGGCACAAUGGCAGCCCGACCUUGUUCCCGAGCUCGCCGACCGAGGAGUCGUCGAACGCCGUGUCGCCACCUGUCGCCGCGGUGCCGGUCGAGACCCCGUCCGAGAGUUCGGGCAUCGGCCGGGACGACGACGACGACGACGAAAACACGGAGAACCUCAGCAGCAUAGCCGACGAGCGGGGCGUGCCGUCGACCCCCGGCUUGACGAUCGACAAGAGCUUGGAGUCCUUCUCUCAGGACAUGGCCGACCUGUCACUGGCCACGGGCUCGAAUCCCGAGCUCGAGCACGACGACGAGCCACUGGCGUACUUUCAGUCCCCGAGCAGCGACAGGACCGAGGAGCGCCUCUACGCCACGCCGACCAGGAGCUACCUCAGCUCACCUAACCUCACUGUCGGCAUCAGUCCCACCGACAAGCCGGCCAAUAACCAACAACUCGAGGGUAGCCCCGACACGGGAGCGACGCAGCAGGGUAUUCUCGUGAAGAGACAGUACUCAGAGUCGGAGACGGUGCCGAGCUCGUUGGUCCACAAGAGGCAGGAGGAGAAGGAGGAGGACAAUGAGAGAGGAGACCGGCCGGCACCCGAGAAGGACUCGAUCGACUCGGACGCGAUGCUCGAAAUCUACGACGACGAGGAGGAGGGGCAGGAAAACAACGAGGACGAGGACUCGUCGGACAACGGAGAAGCGGGAGUCGGCAGGGGCAGGAAGAAAAGGCCCAAGAUACCGGACGGCGGGUGGGGCUGGGUGGUGGUGGUGUCCUCGCUGUGCAUAUCCAUGAUAGCCGACGGGGUGUCGUUUAGCUUUGGUCUGCUGUACAUCGAGUUUUUGUACGAGUUCGAGGAGUCGAAGGCGACGACCGCGUGGAUCGGGUCGUUGUUCAUGGCCGUGCCCCUGCUGUCGGGGCCCAUCAUGUCGGCCCUGGUCGACCGGUACGGGUGCCGCAAGAUGACGAUCGCCGGGGGCAUUAUAUCGGGCGCGGGCUUCGUCCUGUCGAGCUUCGUCCGGAGCAUCGGGGUAAUGUACCUGACCUUCGGUCUGAUAGCCGGUCUGGGUCUGGGUCUGUGCUACGUAACCGCGGUCGUGAGCAUAGCCUUUUGGUUCGACAAGAAGCGCACCCUGGCCGUGGGCUUGGGCGCCUGCGGCACGGGCAUAGGGACCUUCGUCUACGCGCCCAUGACGACCUUCUUCAUCGAGGAGUACGGCUGGCGAGGAUGCGUCCUCCUGCUGGCCGGCACGUUUUUCAACAUGAUAGUCUGCGGCACGGUGAUGAGGGACCCCGAGUGGUGGAUACAGGAGCAAAAGAAGCAACAACAGUCGAGCGUCGUAUCCCCCAAGAAGAGCCAAUCGGGGGGUAAUAACCACCACGGGAGCAACAGCGGGGCCAACGAGAGGUCCCAGAGUAGCACGGGACCCGGGGGGGACGAGGACUUCCCGGGGGUCGAGGAGUUGAGGAGGCUGAUGAAGAGCGGCAAGGCGCCCGAGUAUCUCCUGCAGAGUCUGAGGACCAGCACCGAGACGAGGUGCGCCCCGGACGGGAACCCGGCCUUCCGGAGCGUCGUCAAUCUACCAACCUUUGUUAGGCAGAGCGAGAAGGUCCCGUUGGAGGUGCUGGAGUCCCUGUCGUCGAAUUCGCGGGUCUACAACGUCAUCCUGGAGAACUACCCGAGUUUGCUGCUGUGCAGAAGCGCGUCGGACAAGAAGCUGGACGAAUCGAACUGCGACGUGAACAAGACCGGAGUCACCAUGUCGAUGAGGUUGCACGACUGGCUCAAGCAAGCAAAGGACAAAGGGAAAAAGUCGCAGUCGCGAGGGGGAUCCGCGCACGCCUCCACCAAGGUGCUCGCCGCCAGGAGGAUGUCGCGCAAGGACCUGGAGGAAACCAACCCUCUGUUGGCUCUGGAGAUCGCUCAGGCUAUCGCCGACGCGGAAAGAGCAAAAUCGGUAUCCCGUCACCACCUGCCCGGCCACCAGGGGGGCGUCGUGCGCACCGAUUCCUUGCCUUGGCUGCGUCGGCAAUUCAGCACCAACACCCAUUACUUCAAGGACAUACGCGUGCACCGCAACAGCGUCAUGUACCGCGGGGCCGUGCUCAAUUUGCACAAGUACAGGCUCAGGGCCAGCAGCUGUCCCAACAUCUACCGAAACAGCAUGACCACCCUCGCCAGGGAGAACGAAGAGAAAUGGUACAGCGAGCUGGUUGAUCUGCUCCGGGGCAUGAUGGACUUUUCAAUGUUCUCGGAGCUCCACUUUCUCCUACUCUCCCUGUCGACGAUACUCCUCUUCACUUGGUUCAUCGUGCCUUAUUUUUACCUAGCCGAGCAUCUCACCCGACUCGGCUACCCCGAGAGCCUGGCCGCCAACUUGCUCAGCUACAUCGGCAUCACCAACACCAUAGGAAUGAUCGGUUUAGGUUGGGCGGGUGACCAGCCCUGGAUGAACGUCACCAAGACUUACACGGUUUGCCUAGUUGCUUGCGGCAUCUCUACCAUCCUCAUGCCGAUCUUCACCCACAAUUACUACGCCCUCGUUGUCACCUGUUGCUGCUUCGGCCUGUUUUUCGCGAGCAACUUUAGCUUCACGCCCGUCAUUCUCGUCGAGAUAAUACCCCUCGAGCGUUUCACCACCGCCUACGGGCUGAGCCUGCUCUGUCAGGGUAUCGGUAACCUGCUCGGGCCGCCCAUCGCCGGCUGGAUAUUCGACAUGACCGGCCACUGGGAUCCGUCCUUUUUCAUGGCCGGCGGCUGGAUCAUCGUCUCCGGGCUCCUCAUGGGGAUCAUUCCCGUCACCAAGAACCGCAAGAUCUGGGGCACCGGACCUGUUGAGAUCGAGAAGGAUCGCGGCGACUUUUUCGCUUGAAACAAAAAACCCGCAAAAGUACUUGUUUAAAGGGUCUUUUUUUUCCACCUUCUUUCUUCUUUGCUCAAAAGUGGGACAGGAUGAUGGUGCUUCGCUGGUGCUUCUGGAGCUAUACGAGUCACACACGCAAGUCUCG